AUGUCUUCUCAGCUGCAUACCGCAGUGCAGGCAGCCUUGAAGGGCUGCGGGAGCUUGGCUGAGGUAGAUGAGGCUCUAGCCCUGGUCCGCCGCGAUGCUCCGGGGAGGGGGCUGGAUUCACCUCUGCGCUCAGCUGUCACUGCAUCUCAUCCCCGAUUGGUGAAGCGCUUGCUCCGUGGGCAAGCAGAUGUCAACGUGAAGGACUCGCAGGGCGUUACGCCUCUUCACAUUGCCGUCUUCCAGGGACGGCCUCACAUAGUGAAUUUGUUGUUGAGCGCAGCAGCUGAUGCGAAUGCACGCGACUGUCACGGCCAGUCUCCGAUCUUCUUUGCGCCCUCACGGCAAAUCUGUGAGACGCUCGUGGCAAGGGCUGCAGACCUCAGCGUGGUGAACACCAGAAACCAGACGGCUUUGCAUCUUCUGGCCCGGGCAGGAUUCACGCAGAGUGGGGCCGGCAAUUCCCGGGGCAGGUUGCUCAGCGCGUCAUACCGUAGGUUGUCAAGGUCGAUUGUGCACUUGCUGCACGCAAAGAAAGACGAAGCAUCAGAUCCAGUGCCUGCAGAUCGCGCUGAAGUUCAACAGUUCUUGCCGACUGAGAAGGUCGAGACAGAAAUUGAGCAAGAAGAGGAGCCGCUAACCCCAACACCUCGCUCCAAAUGCCCAACCGGGCAUGACUUAGUGGCAUUCGAAACGCCAGAAGAUGGCUUUCUCUGUUCACUCUGCGAAUGUGAGUUUGCCAGCAACACAACACUGUAUGGAUGCCGGCCGUGCGAUUUUGAUCUUUGCCGCGACUGUCUCACAAGUGUGGCGGUACACUCUACCGGAUACAAGGACUUUGUGGCCACGUUCCCGGAGCUACAGGGCUUCCGCGAGACGGGCAGAUCUGGCGAAUCUGUGCUGACGGGAGAGGUUGCUGACGCCUCUGAGCACGCUUCGGAGACAGAUUCCUUCGCCUCGCAGCAGGUCUUUGCAGAGGAAGCACAGGCUGGAAUUGAAGAAGAAGAUGGCUGCUUGUUUUGGCAAGUUUUGCUCAAGAAGGAGAUGGCCCACGACAAGUUUGGCUUCGCACAGGCCAACGGCAAGAUGGAGUUCGAAAUCCGUCUGGAUGCUAAAAUGUCUGAGUCAAGCAGACGCCCACGCUUACCUGGGCCACACAUGUUGGUAGUGAAGAGGAUAUAUCCUGACGGCCUUCUGCAGAAGUGGAAUGCACGUGUUCCGCAGUUGGAGGUACGACCGCAGGACCGAAUUAUGGCAGUCAAUGACCAGACCGACGUUGAGGCCAUGGCCAAAGAGAUUCAUGCACAGCGUGUCUUCCUGCAGAUGGUGAGGUUUCCGGAUCGUUUCAUCAUCGGACUCAGUAAGGAAAAUGGAAGCAAACUUGGAUUUCGGUUCGAGCGGCCCCAGGGCACCUUUGCUGAAGAAGUCCGCAUCACAGAGGUGCUUGAUGAUGGUGCGCUGAUGGCUUACAAUAAGCACCAGGUUGAGUUGGGAAGGUAUGCGUUCGUGGUUCUGCCGGAGAUGCGAAUAGACCGCGUGAACGACGUUUGGGGUGAUGCAGAACUAAUAGCCAACGAGCUCAAGUCUGCCAGCAGCGUCGACCUCCACAUUCGACGGGCAGAUGACUUUCCUUCAACGCCAACUCCUUGA